AUGCAAGACAUGCUGGCGUUGCGGAGACAGCACAAGGUCAAAUGCCAUGAGGACCCCAUCCUCCAUCAGCAAACAAUCAUGCUUGCUGCCACGAGAUCUGACAUGUUAGCGCGGGUCAAGGCAGCCAUUAACGGGACACCGCGUGAUGAAUCUAUGUUCAACUUUCCAAGGCAUCACGUCAACUUGAAGGGACAAAGACCAAUCAACGGGGAUCUUGGGCCUCAAGUUGGGCGCACGCCGUUGAACUUGGCUGUUUCGGAGCUUAGGCAUGUGAGCCAUGACACCAAUGGGCGUGGGGGGUGGGUGUGGACGACAUGA